AUAAUUUUGCAGCUGUUUUGUAGGAAAACUGUUCAUUCUAUUUUAAUAUCUUUUAUUAUUGUAAUCUUUUAUUUAGUUUAUUUUGAAAGAUUUAAUAAGAAAAUAUAAUGGAGAGGGGUGAUAUGUGUCAAAGUUUAAUCGAAUGGUUUAAAACCUUAAAUUUAACAGCACCGCAUUCAAAUUUAGAGGAGCUAUCUGAUGGAGUAGCUUUGGCGCAGGCAUUAAAUCAAUUUGCGCCGGAUGUCUUCACUGGUUCAUGGUUGUCGAAAAUUAACUCGGGCAUUAAUUGGCGUUUAAAGAUGAGUAAUUUGAAAAAAGUUGUUGAAGGAGUGUAUGAUUUUUAUAGUGACGUAUUAAGUUACUCACUUGCGGAAUUUCCACGACCCGAUGCACAACGCAUUGCUGAAAAAUGUGACGCUGGGGAGUUGGAGCGACUGCUACAACUCAUCCUUGGAUGUGCUGUUAACUGUGCCACCGGUCAAGAUUAUAUAAGACAAAUUAUGUGUUUAGAAGAAUCGUUACAAGCUAAUAUAAUGCGUGCUUUACAAGACCUGGAGUCGACAUGGCAGGGAGAUUUCCCAUCGCGCACAUCACAGAGCAUAACAAAUUUCGACAAUAAAAUUUUGCAAGAAGAAAGAGACGCGUUGGCACAAAAGUGUUUCGAAGCUGAGAAAAAGAACCAAUUGUUGGUUGAAGAAAAAUCAAACAUGCAGCAAGAGCUUGCAAAAUUACAACUCGAAAUUCAACGCAUACAGUCUACAAAAGCUGAAAUUGGUGACGAUGGAGUUUCCAUUGGACCUGUGCAAGCAGGAUCUGUGCGUUAUAACGAACUAAGGCGACAACUAGACCGCAUGAAAGAAGAACUCUUACAGUCAGAUGCAACAAGAGAAGAUUUAAAAUUAAAAGUUCAGCAGCAGGAAAAAGAAAUGCAAACGAUGCAACAGCGUAUCGAUGAACUCACAAAAAGUACAUCGGAAUUGUUACAAUUAAAAGAUGAGGUUGAUGUGCUGAGAGAAUCAAAUGAUAAAUUAAAAGAGUGUGAAAUACAGUUGGACACUUACAAAAAACGUCUGGAAGAGUAUAACGACUUGAAAAAGCAUAUUAAAAUUUUAGAGGAAAGAAGCGCUGAUUAUGUACAGCAAAUAGUGCAAUUUGAAGAAGACGCUAAAAAAUCUGCAACGCUUAAAGGACAAGUCGAACUUUUCAAGAAUAAGAUUCAAGACUUGCAUACACAACUUGAUGGUGAAAUGAGCAAAAAUGUUAAAUUAGAGUUUGAUAAUAAGAAUCUUGAAAGCAACAUCUGUGCAUUGCAACGUGCCAAGGAAAGUUUACUUAAAGAGCGUGAUAAUCUGCGCGAAGCUUUGGACGAACUUAAAUGUGGCCAACUUUCGACUAGUUCUGGCAGCUUAAAUGGUAACACAAUGUCCAAGGAGCUACAACCCACGGCACUUGUUGAAAAGGUACAGCGUUUGGAAUUAGAAAAUAAGGCUUUACGCGAAGGUCAAGGCGGACAAACAGCAUUAACGCAACUUUUGGAUGACGCAAAUAAACGCAAUGACAAUCUACGCGAACAAUUGAAGUUGGCCAACGAACGCAUUCUGUCACUGUCACAUGCUUCACAAAGUGGUGAUCCAAACCUUAAAGAGUUUGAGUUUGGCAAGCAAAUUAAACAACUAAUGGAACUGAAUGAACAAAAAACGUUGCAAUUGGAGGAAUCGGUUUCGCAAAAUGUGUCACUACAAAGUAAGAUAACACAAUUGGAAAAUACACUCACCACGCGUGAGCAAGAUCUAUUGGCUUGUGAUGCCAAGUACCGAAAAUGUGUGGAUAAAGCAAAGGAAGUUAUAAAAAGCCUGGAUCCACGUCUCGCCAAUGUAAUCGAUGUGAAUCUGCUUGAGCGUUCCCAGGAAUCUGAAGAAGAACCAAAAGCCGGCAUGAGUACGUUGGAGGAGCAAUUAAUGACAACCGCUUUUUACAGAUUGGGCGUGAAUGCGCAACGUGAUGCAAUUGAUGCUAAACUGGCAUUGCUAAUGGGGCAGGGGCAAACAUUUUUGGCGCGUCAACGUCAAUCUGCACCGCGAAAAUCAUUAACGACAUUCAAGAACAAAUAAAAAUUUAUUACAUUAAAAAAAGAGUUAGGAAUUUUAUCCAAAGCAUGCAUAUGUAUAUCCAAGAUAUUUGAUUUAAAUCAUAUGAAUAGUUAAUAGCGCUGAUUUAAUGGCAUAACAAAAAUGAGACUAUAUAUUGCGUACAUAUUUUUAUAAUUAUAUUGGACAUCAAUUAACAUAAUUAUUUAUAUAAAACUCCAGUGUUGAAGUAUAAUCAAGAAAAAUUAAGAUUUGCAACAAAAAAAAAAGAAAUAGCUAAAAUAUUUCGACUUUUGAAUUCUUUGAGCAGUUUAUAUCUGCACACUGUUGACUUCAUAUACAUAUUUAAUUUAUCCAUAUUGGGUGUAUUAUUAUAUUAUACACUUACAAGUAUUACAAAUAUACUAUAUUAAUAUAAACUAAAUUUUUAUUUACCGUUUAUAUUUAUGUCUAUAUUUUCAUAUACAUAUAUACAUUUUAAUAUUUUUGUCGCACAAUUUAUACAA